GGAAAACAAAAACCUUAACAAACAAGGAAAAGACUAAGUCAACAACUACCCUUGAACCUAGCCUUCAAAUCCGCCACUCUAGUGUUCACACUUGAAAUUCCUUUCACACCUUGUGUUCACACCAUGAUCUUUAUCCAUUGUUGAUUCCAUUCACACCUUGAGACUCCUUCUCCAUGGCCGACCCUCCUUCCCUCCCUUUGAGCUCAAUUUCGUGAUUCACAUAGCUCAAUAGUGUGAUGGAUUUUCCUUCUAGCAAAUCCAAGGUUAAGCCCUCCAACUCCUUAACCAAAUAGCUUGCAAUUUGAUCCCGAAAAACCUUAGCUCUAGCUCGAGUCAUUGGCCCUUCAACUACAGUGUGUUUGGCUUUGAUGACCUCAUGAAUUGACUAUUUGGUUGGGUUGUUGGACACAAAUAUUCAGCUAAGCCAUGAUGUCUCAUGUUUUGUGUGAUUUUGGUUUCCUGUUCGAUCAUUAAUAUCUCUGUACCUCAUUUUCUGCUAGGCCGUUCAACUACUUAUAAUGGUUAAUUUAAUUGUGUAAUUUUUGUUACUGAUCUGUGUUUUUUUUUUUUUUUUACAAAAGAUAAUCAUAGAAAAAUACUAGGUAAUAAAACAACGAGCUGUGCUCUCUUCUCUCAGUCUCUCUCAUGCUACAUAAGUAUUAAAAUUUGUAAGCUCUCUUUGACUAACUGAAUUGAGGCGAAACCAUGUUAGCUAGCUAACACUAUUCUGCCCCUAUGAAUUAAAACCGCAGAGAUAACCUGCUUGAUUGAUUGCAUAAUCUGCAGGACCAUCUUUGAGAACAUGACUGACUAUGAUGGAUCCGAUGCCAGCUCAUGUCAUGGUUCGGAUUCGGGUUACGAUGAUUCCGGGUUACAAUGUUCUUGUGGAUUGCCAGCGAAGCUACGUAUGUCUCAAACUGCCAGGAAUCCAUUCCGGUUGUUCUAUGACUGUCCAAGGAGAUACGAUCAAUGUGGCUUCUUCCGGUGGUGUGAUGAGCCAUCUUUAACCGGCGAUAGACAUGCUGAUGAGCUAAACCUGAUCCGUCAUGAGUGCACUAGACUUCAACGAAGGUACCUGAAAGCCCAACAGGACCACGAGAAUGAUAGAGAGAAGUGGGAAAUGGAGAAAGAAGAGCUGAUGUCCACAUUGUAUAAAGUUCAAGCCGAGCUUGAUGAAUACAUACAGAGGGUUAAACUUGCUGCUGAGUCUGAUCUCAUGCCACCAGUUGAACCGAUGUGGAGCAGUGGCAAGCAUGAAACUGACGAUGGCGAAGGUGCAAUCGAGAUUCACGCUAUAUAGACGAUAAGUCUUGCAAGCUUGUAACUUUGGACGGGAAAUACGUCUUUGGGUUGGGGGGAUUUGCAUAUUUUUCAGAGAUGUCAAGUCCGCUUGGAAAUGGGCUUCUCUUUUGGUUGCUCUACUCAUCUCUUGUGAGUUAUGGAACAAUUAAGAGUGAGUCUCAAUGGGCCGGGAAAGAAGAAAAUUCUACCAAACUAGACGAACUAGUACUUGCAGCUUGUAUAUGCGCUACUUUUUCUCAAGUUUGGUUAUAACAGGAUUCCAAGCAUCUCUCAGUUUCUUCCUGAUUGCGAGCAAGUUGAUUCUCACCAUACCAACGUGAAUCUUUUUCCACAGCACUCGCCACAUUUCUUUUCUCAUUACCAACUCAUCUUAUCACAGACCCUCUCCUGGACCAUUUCCUACCGUUGUCUCCUCCACCACUACUAAUUUUACUUACUAGAAACAAUACCCGCGCCUACGCCGCGAGAACUAAAUUUGCAAUAGCAAGACCAUAUGGUGGACAGUUAGUUGAUGAAAAGCUCGGUUCUUUAUAUUCUUGUCAGUGGAGUAUUGGAAGUGUGGUUGGCAGACCAUGUUGAGUUCCAUAGUUAAUUGUCAUGUUUCGAAAUAGCUAAAUGAGACGGACCAUUAUAACAUCACAGAGAUGGUUAUAAAGAAUUGAGAAUUCA